AUGUCUGCCCCGUUGUAUCAAUUAUCCGUUCUAAUCUCGUCAUUUGCAAAGUAUUCUGCCGUUGUGUCCCGAAUGCAAUGCAAAUGGAAAGGUUCAUGUCGAACACAGCGUCAAAUCCUGGACACUGCACUUGGUGUAAUCGUUUGGAAAGAAUUGACGGAAGUCGAUUUCUUCUCUGGUUAUAUUUGGGAUGGACUUGCUAUGAUGAUUACGAAUCUAGAGGAGCUGAUACACUGGCUCACAACUUAUCCUGCUGGCUUGAAAUUAAAUACUCAUUUGAAUGCCAUAUUAUCGCAGUUCUUUGUCUACCAUAUCUAUUUAUGGCAAACUUAUUUAUCAGUGGCAAGUGUUUACGUUGGAUUUGGUUUCAUAUCUUUGUCGUGUUUUUUCGGCGUAUCCGUUUUUUUUGCUGCUUUAUCUGAUCUCCUUCGGCUACUUACCAAACUGAGACAAUUAGCUGUUGCUGAGGCAACGACUUCUCUAUCAGGGUUCAAACCUAGGCUGCUAUUUCCUGCUUCUACAUACAUGUUUAUUGCUGUACCUUUACCUGCCAUUUCAAUUGACAGACUUGUUGCUAUAUUGACUGAUGAGAAAGCACUAGCAACGAAACCACUUGCCAUUCUAGAUGUUCGGCCAGAAGAACAGUUCGUCAAGGGACACAUUAUCGGAGCUGAACACUACCCACGAAUCCUUCUGUCCCGUGAACAGUAUGAAACAGAAUCAAUGAAGAGAGUAGGUGCACAGGGAACAUUAAUUGUCUGUGGUCAGGUUUACGGAGCUGGCCAAGUUGUGUCAACGUUUUGUGACAGGGGAUACAAUGCUGUGCUGUUAAGAGGAGAUUUGGACAGCUGGAGACAUAAGUAUCCCGAAGGAUUAUUAACCAGAGCAAGUGGCGAACCGAUAAAACUGGAACUAUCGAAAUUAGCCGCCCAACUUUCCAUCAAUAGAAAACCAGUCUUCGAAAGAUCUGGAUUCCUGCAAGCAACGACCAGCUCUAUGAACAGGAGCAGCGUCCAUGAAGAAAUGAGACAAGGAAGCCAAACGAACAAACGCAGAGCUUGGAGAUGAUUCUUAUGUCCU